AUGGCGUCCAACAUUAUGGACCAUCCGGCGGUGGACCUCUUGAAAUCACUGAUGUCAAUUGUCAGCACCAGCGAGCUUGAACACGGCAUCGGUGUGUUUCUGGAACAGCAUCUCCAAAGCUUGGGUUACACUGUUGAGCGCAUUCCAAUCGCGCCCGGAUCCAGUCGACACAAUGUAUACGCCUAUCUUGGCUCGGAGAGGACUACGCGGGUGCUUCUCACGGCUCACAUGGAUACCGUGCCGCCUCACAUUCCCCUCACAAUCGACGGCGACAUUAUCCGGGGGAGAGGCUCUUCUGAUGAUCUGGGCCCAUUGGCAGCUCAAAUCCUAGCAGCUGAGGAGCUGAGAAAAGAAGGAAAGGUUCGCGAGGAAGGUGACGUUGGGCUAUUAUUCGUGGUUGGCGAGGAAAAUGGAGGGCAUGGAAUGAUUGCGGCCAACGAUAUGGGAGUCACGUGGGAAUCAGGCAUCUUUGCCGAACCGACUGAAAGCAAGCUUGCGAAGGGACAUAAGGGUCAAGUUGCUUUUGAACUUAUAGCCAAUGGCGUCGCCUGCCAUUCAGGAUACCCGCACCUCGGUAAAAGUGCAACUUCUGCACUGCUUGCAGUUCUGAAUGAUCUCUCAGCUGCAAGCUGGCCUGAGUCCGAGCUUCUGGGCCCUUCUACCUUCAACAUCGGAACUCUUGAGGGAGGAGAGAAGCACAACAUCGUCGCUCCUUCUGCUAAAGCUCUUUGCGAAGUCCGCAUGGUCUGUGACUUGCCCGGAAUCAAGAUCAAGGUUGCGGACAUUGUCUCGCGCCACCCGGAUAUCGAGCUGAAGUGGGUGUUUGAAUACCCCGAAGCCUUGCUGGACUGGGAGAUAAACGGAUUUGAAGCGGCUCCGGUCGCUUUUGGUACGGAUGUCCCUCGUCUGCGGGCCGAGUUCUCAUAG